AUGGUUAUCUCUUUGGAGACCCCUUUGGUGCGAAAAGAUUAUAUGCCGAAGCCGUUUUAUCGUCCGGAUUACGAUAGCUCUCAGCGGUGCCAACCAACUGUCGGUUUCAAUUGCCCGUUUCCAGUUUACAGCGGAUUGAACAUGUUUCACCAGGCAAUUUACCCGUACAGCUACCGCUAUCAAGAUUUCAAUUAUCACUGUCAAGACUUCGAUUACUUUGUCGUGAUCGACUUUGAGGCCACAUGUGACAGAGGAAAACCUCCUUCUCCACAAGAGAUCAUUGAGUUCCCAUCUGUCGUAGUCAGCAGCUCUACUGGCCAGAUAGUGGCUAGUUUCCAGACAUACGUGCGGCCCACGUGUAACCGAGUCUUGACUGAUUUCUGCAAAGAGUUGACUGGCAUACAACAAACUCAGGUGGACAAGGGAAUUACAUUGAGCAAGGCAAUUGUUAGUCACGACCAAUGGCUCGAAAAGAUUGGACUCAAAACGACAAAGUUUGCUGUCGUGACUUGGUCCGACUGGGAUUGUGAAGUCAUGUUGGAAUCCGAAUGCCGUUAUAAACAUAUCGAGAAGCCAGCCUACUUCAAUAGAUGGAUCAAUCUGAAAGUUCCUUUUGGUGAGGUCUUUGGCAAAGAGAGAUGCAAUUUGAAACAAGCGGUCGAGAGGGCUGGGCUUACCUGGGAAGGCCGGGCCCAUUGUGGUCUAGAUGAUGCCAAGAACACGGCCCGACUGGUUGGGCUUAUGAUCAACAGAGGCUUUAAGUUCACCAUCACUAACUCGCUCACUUGCCAGUCGAGCGAUGAUGAGAGUGAUAAUGAUAUGUCUACUUGGAAGCCCAACAAGACAGUCCCUUACGCAUUCAACAUUGUACCGAAUGUGUUUAUUCGACGAACUCCUGUUGGGGCUGUGUUUGUCGGGUCUAGAAACUGGGCUGGUCCGCGUCGCGUGUAUAUGUCGUGA